AUGUCUUCUGUGGAUGAAAUUGCCUCUUUGGUUCAGACUCUUUAUUCUCCAAAUCAAGACAAGGACUUGAUCUUGUCAGUACAACAACAGUUACAGAGUAUACAAAAACGACCAGAUGCUCCUGAAUUAGCCCAUGAAUUACUCAAGUACAACGUGCAAACAAUCCAAUUUUUUGGCGCGUUAACAUACACGGUAUAUCUUUUCAACCAUCCUAUAGAUACCCAGAUAGGUGAUGUCAUGAUUGGCGAGUUGGUGGAGGCCUGUUCACGUAACCUGGAUUCGGUUGUCAUACAAAAGUUACUUUUCAACAUUGCCAAGAUAUACACUAACAUAUUGUACUUCCCCAUUAAUGACCUUUUUCAAAAGUUGAGUUCCAAAGGUUUGGACAUGAUAACUAUUUCUAAAUAUGGAUUGUUAGCCUGUAAAACUAUUGGCGAAGAACUCAAUAGAUGUGAAAAGAUAACAGCUGAAAAGAACCAGAUGAUUAUGGAUUCAAUGCUUGAAGACAACACGAAGAAUCUACUGAAUAAUACAACCCAUUUAGUUUUGGAGGAUUCCAGCUUGAAAAAAGUGUGGCUAGAUUGCUUACAAGCCUGGAUGAUUUACGUAAGUAAGUCGUCAUUUGAAUUCCAUGUUAAAUCCGACUUAAAUGAAUAUUAUCGAAUAACUUUAAUGCUGCUGCAAAAGUUAGAUAUUGAUGCACUUGAUUUGAUUUCUGAAAUUUUUGACGUUUGUCCCUCCCAGUUGAAUAAUGAUAACAAAAGUUUCUUUAGAAGUCUCGUAUUCAGUGAAUGGACGACAAAUUUUAUAACUAACAAUGACAUUGAUGACAACUCGAAAUUGAGUAAGUUGAUUGCUUCAUCGUUAGAUUCUGAAAUAUUGACUUUUGCUUCCAAGUUGAUAGAUUCGGAGUACCAACAGAGAAUAGAGUUUCUACUAUUCCUAACCAACCAACCAGGAGACCCUAUAACUGAUGAGCCUUUCUCUGUAGACAUGCUUGAAUUCUGGACAUUAUUUGCGGAGGCUUUUAUCAAUGAUACAGAGGCUAUACAUACUCUAAUAGGAAACGAAGAGGCAAAAAUACAAACUUUGCAUAAAAUUUCAAAAACUUACUUUAUAAAAUUAUCAGCAAUAUAUUGGGAGAAAUGUAAGCUAAUUGAUGGGUUUGAUGAAUAUGAGGAUGAAUUCUUGAAUUUUAGAAGGGACAUUGGUGAAUUGUUUGAGUCUUUAUUUACUAUUGCUAGAUCUGAAGUGUUUAAUAAUUUAUCAAAUUCGGUGUCGUCAUCUUUGCUAAAUGAAAGAUGUAGCAACGAUCAAAUCAAAAAUGCAGACACAUCGUUAUACUUACUUACCGUUAUUUCAAGUAUUGUUGGUGAAACAGAAAAUGACACAAACUUGUUUUACGAUUUGAACUGUUUGUUUGAAUCCAAAUUUUUAGUAAGAAUUGCCUCAUUGCCAUUGAGUUCUGACUUAGAUAAUAAGCUCUACCAAUACUUAGUUAAAGAUUCGAUUAAAUUCAUUUCUGAAAUCAACUGGUUUUAUCAAACACCAUCAGGGUUAUCCCAUGUUAAUGACGUGUUGAUGUUUUUGUUCAAAUAUUUGGAAGAUUCAAAUUUUCAAGACUCCGCAUCAAGAGCAAUCCUAAGCAUCACUGAUACUUGUAGAAGUGAUCUGACUAGCUUAUUGAAUGAUUUUGAAUUAGCAGCAACUUCAAUUAUCAAAAAUAUCGAUGUUGACACAAAUGUUAGAACUCGAAUAAUCAGAAGUUAUUCGUCAAUUUUACAGACAGUUGCUAAUUUACGGCUACAAGCUGAGAAAAUCUCAAAAUUUCUUGAUUUAAUAUAUACAGAAUCGAUCAGUGCAUAUGGUUCAAUUGAAACAACUGCAGGGAAUGCUGAUAUUUUGGAAAAAAUUGACGCGUUCUUAGUUUCAAUGGUUUCUUCCCUUGUUGGCUUAGCUAGAGGUUUAGAGAUACCAGAGGAUUGGGAAAAAUAUUAUGAAGAUGAUCCUGAUAAGAUGAAGUUAAGCUACGAAUAUUGGAAGUUUCAAGAUCAACAUAAAUUUCAAGUUCAUGAUAAAUGCUUGAAGCUAGUUUUAUUAUUCACAUUCCCUUCUUAUCAUUUUUCCAAUUUAUCCACCAAAAGAAAUCUGAAUCCUGAAAUUGUGGAACAAGUAUACAAUUUAUUGAGAUCCGGUCUGAGUGAACCGAUACCUGGUCCAUUUGUUAUUGACUAUUUUGAAAUAAUCAAACUGAUUAUUAAAGUUUUCCAAUAUUGUCAAACAAAUGAAACUUCAAACGUAGAUCCACCUAUUAUUAAAUUCAUCCAGUUAUACGGUAUACUCGUUAAAAGUAACUAUACCUCUUCUACAAUAACCAAAAUCACUGGUUUACAAGUUGGUAUAGAUGACUUACAUAUGAGUGAAGUUAUCGAUGUAUUACUCUUUCAAAAUUUUGAUUCUAUCACUGAAGACACGGACGUUUUGCAAUAUAUCUUUACGUUAUUAGGAGAUAUUAUAACAUGUUAUCCAACGGAAUUAAUCCAAAAUCCUGGAUUUGUAAGAAUUAUGGAAAUUUUCAUUGAUCAAAUAUAUCGUAAUUGUCAACAAAGGUUUGUUGUCAUUUCAUUAAGCAAAUUUGCUUCAAAUUUAAUCUACCUCAGGAAAGGCAAAUUAGAAGAUGUUGAAUUUAUGAAUCACUUGUUAGUUGAUAAAAAUAUAGGUGAAAUUUUAGUCCUUAAUUUGAUGAGAGGAUUUAUCAAUACCUCAAGAUCGUUGAUUGAAUUUUACGUGGAUAUCAUAAGGGCCCUAACAAGUAAGUACGGAAAAUAUUUGAGAGUAUGGAUUGAAAAUGCGUUUUUGAGGAUCAACGAAGAGAAUAUGACUAAAAAUGCUAAAAUUGUUGACCAGAAAGUUGUAGAGGGAUUUAUCAAACAACUGCUUGUUACUCGAGGCCAAAGGGUAGCGAAUAGAAUUAUCAAAGAGUUUUGGUAUACAGUAACAGGGAUGGUUGAUUAUGGGAUGUAG